AUGGCCAUAGACAAAUCCCUGUCCCUUGUUUUGUUUCUUCUAUGGGCAAUGGUACUUUCCUCUAACAAUUCAGCAGCUUCCCUGGAAUCCCAAGCUGAAGCAGAAGCUCUACUCAGGUGGAAAGCAAGUCUAUUAGAAAGACAGGCACUCAGUUCAUGGUCGUUACUCCCCAACGCCAAUGCUUCUAACACCCAAGAUAGCUCUCCAUGCAACUGGACCGGAAUCUCAUGCAACAGUGCUGGAAGAGUAACAGGAAUAAGCCUACAUGAUGCAGGUUUGCAAGGUAAGCUUGAUAACAUGAGCUUCUCCUCCUCACCAAACCUAGCCCAUAUCGUUCUCGACCAGAAUGCACUCUUUGGAACCAUCCCAACUCAAACUGGCACUCUUUCUGACCUCGUCACCCUUAAGCUUUCUUCGAAUCAGCUUUCUGGUUCAAUUCCUAAAGAGAUAGGGGAGUUGAAGAAGCUGACGAUGUUAAACUUGUCCCGUAACCAUAUAACAGGUUCUAUCCCAUCCUCAUUAGGAAACUUGACCAAUCUCGUUAACUUAUUCAUAUAUGAUAAUCUGAUAUCUGGUUCAAUUCCUCAACAAAUAGGAAAUCUCAAAUUUCUGGAUCAGCUAGAUGCAUCCGCUAACCUGCAAAAUGGUUCCCUUCCUGCCACUCUAGGAAACAUGACCAAACUUCGCUUCCUAUUCCUCUGCAGCAAUGAAAUUUCUGGCCCCAUACCAAGUGAAGUAGCUAACCUUAAAAAGCUGACUUGGUUUCAAGUUUGUACUAAUUUUCUAACAGGUUCCAUUCCUUCUAAUCUAGGAAACGUGACAGCACUCUACAGCUUGCAGCUCCAUAAAAAUCACUUCCAUGGCUCAAUUCCUCCACAGAUAGGAAAUCUCUACCACUUGGUUGAUCUAUACUUGUUCACAAACAACCUCACUGGUCCAAUCCCUCCAUCUCUUGGAAAUUCAAGAAGCCUAAAUAUACUCUCCCUAGCUCAAAAUCAGCUCACUGGUCCAAUCCCUCCAUCUCUUGGAAAUCUGACAAGCCUAACUACACUUGUUCUCUUCGAUAAUCCGUUAUCUGGUUCAGUACCCACAGAAAUCUCAAAUCUAACACAUUUAGAGAGGCUACUUUUGGGUAACAACUACUUCUCUGGUCACCUACCUCAAGUAUGCCAAAGCAGAUCAUUAACGCACUUCACUGCCGAUAGCAACCAUUUCACUGGUCCCAUCCCUGAAAGCGUGAGAAACUGCACUACCUUAAUAAGAGUCCGGCUCGAGCAUAAUCAGCUCACAGGAAAUAUAUCCCAAGUUUUCGGAGUAUAUCCUAGUUUAGAGUACAUCGAUCUGAGUUAUAAUAAAUUGCAUGGUGAGCUGUCACCAAAAUGGGGACAAUGUCAAAACCUGAUGCUGCUAAAAAUCUCUGAGAACAAUCUCACUGGUAGAAUUCCGCCGCAGAUUGGGCAGCUAAAUCAGCUACAUGAACUCGACCUGUCUUCAAACAACCUACGAGGAAAUAUUCCUAGUAGCUUGGGGAGUUUGUCCAUGCUUUACAACUUGAGUUUACAAAAUAACAGAUUAUCUGGUUGGCAACUGGGGGACUGCUCCAAAUUGCGGUAUUUGAGCAUGAGUGAGAAUUAUUUGAAUGGAAGCAUCCCAUUUCAGAUUGGUAAUCUAAUAAGCCUACAGAUUACCUUGGAUCUCAGCUGUAACUUCCUUGCUGGAGAGAUAACCCAACAACUUGGGAAACUGCAAAUGUUGGAAAAGCUAAAUCUCUCCCACAAUUCACUCUCAGGUUUCAUCCCAUCGUCUUUCAAAGAGAUGAUCAGUUUAUCUUCCAUUGAUUUUUCUUACAAUCAUUUGGAGGGCCCUCUCCCUGACGGCAAAGCCUUCCGUCUGGCACCGUCAGGGGCAUUCAUACACAACAAAGGUUUAUGCGGUGAAGCAAAAGGCAUGCAACCUUGUAAUUCCUCUUCCAUAAAGCCUCACGAUGGGAAGAAAGACCACAAGGUUGUGAUCAUUAUUCCUAUAAUGGCAGCCUUAUUUCUUCUACUUGUAUUUGCCACCAUUUUUUACAUUUUCCUACAAAGAUCCGGCAGAACAAGAAAUGCAGAGAAACGGGACUUGGAAGUGAAAAAUGGAAAUUUAUUUGCAAUAUGUAAUUUCGAUGGAAAGAUGGCAUAUGAAGACAUCAUCAGGGCAACAGAGGAUUUCAAUUACAAAUAUUGCAUUGGGGCUGGAGGAUAUGGAAGGGUUUAUAAAGCAGAUCUACAGAUGGGUCAGGUGGUUGCUGUGAAAAAACUUUGA